AUAUCUUUCCUGUACCUAUUUCAACGGAUCCAUUUUUUUCAUAUUGUUAAUUAACAUGUUUAUAAAUAAUUGCCAUUCGCAUGAAUGCUUUCAAUUAAUUUAGACAAUUCAACUGUCAUAUUCUCAUGCUAUCGUAGUUUUUCACGCAUUGUCAUCGACUAGUUUAUCUUAAUUUCGGUCACGACCAAAUCUCAGUUCGUCGUGAGCAAGCAGGACGUCGGUAUCAAAGCGACUUCCUCGACGAGCGAUAUCUCGGCUUUGCAAUCAUCUCCGACGUGCUGGCCCGUACGCAUUCCCGAUUCUCUUAGUUGCGAAGCUGUAGUCGGUCGCUCAACGUUCUAUCAAAAUGUAGAUUUAAGUCUCUCAACGUUCAUUUUUUUCGUGGCGGCCUCGGUGAAGUGUUAAUAAAUGCUGCCCAAUUGUUUUUGCGUAACCACUGGUACAAAAAAGACUAAGAUAUCCAUACAAAAAUCGUAAUGCGCGAAAUUGCUUUUUCCAAUUGAAAUACCGGUCCUUGAGUGAUGUGAUUAUCAUCGCGAGAAGUAUGAAGAUGUUCCGCGGAAUUACAUCGGCAUAUUUUCACACUCGGUGAUGUAUUGAAAUGUGCAAUAUUCCACUCGUUAUUCGCGUGCACCUUGGUAGCUUGUUAAGUAGCUAUUUUCAUCCUUGCGUUCGCAAAGAGUAACUUGUUGAGUAGCUAUUUUAGAGUAUUUUUAUGAUACUUUUUAUUCUUAUUUACGUUGUGUGCAACAUUUUGGGUUAAGACAAAACGUUUCAAAUGCGCAUUAUAGUUAUUUCUUUUGAGCAACAACAGUCGUGGUGCACUCAACAAAACGCUCAAAUUUCCGGGAAAUCAAUUAGUUCGAAACGAUAAUAAAACGCAUAGCGGUAGUGCGCCGAAAAGUCGAUAAAUUCUCUCUCUCUUUCUCUCUCUCUCACCCACUUUUCUCUUUGCGCCGCGGCGCGAGAUAUUCUUUGUUCGAUAAAUCAACGUCGAUUUCAUCCCUACGUGAGCAUCAAUUACAAGACUCUUCUCGAGACAUUAAUUUAUUAUCGGGGAGAAACGUAAUCUCACGGGCGAUUGAUACACUCGUCGCCGAGGCAAGUAACACAAAAACAAUCGCCGGUUCAUCGCUAAUAAACAAAAACAAAGGAGAAGGAAAAAGAGUGUAUGCUCAAGCAGCUUUUGGCAGCAAUACGAAGGUACGUAUGAUGUCUCGUAGCGUGUAAUUUAUUAUCAGGAAUACAAGGUGUCCCAGAUCGCAAACCAUAUUUCUUUUCAACUGCGGAUUUUUUAAUCAUUUUAGGCCGAUUUCACAAGACUCUCGGGUGAGAAGGGUAUUGAUAAUAUUUUUUAAUUACAAGUGAUAUGAAACAAAACAACGAAGUAUUUUAUUUUAACAAAACCUUGAAUUGAAGGGAUUAUUGGAACUGUUUAACAUUAAAAAAUUAAAAAAUCAAGAUAGAAAUAAUUAACAUAAUUUAUUCAAUACAAUCAAUACGUCAAUAUAAUAUAUAUAUAUAUGUAUACACAUAUAUAUUUUUAUAAUAAAAUAAAUAAAGUAAAAUGGCACAUUAAAUUAAAGCUGAAAAAAGAUUGAUAGAAUCAAUUUAUGUGCAAAUUGCACAACACUCGAGACUCUUUUGGAUAAAAAUUAGAAUUGCGUGACUGAGCAUUGUAAUAUUUUUCCAUUUCGUGCAAUUCAAAAUUAUUAUUAAACAAUUACUAGCACGGGUUAUAGACUAGACCGCCCACAUUUCUCACUGACUUUACAAUCAGCAUUCAUUUUUACCAUUGAAAUUGAUUCGGUGUCACAGUCACUCUGAUUAGAGGCGUGAAGAAUUGAGAACAGAUCUCCUGCACCACCGAAGGCAACCUCCGCGCGCGUACGCACGCACGCACGCACAGACGUACACACGCGCAAAACCGAAAGGUUGUAACACGCGCACAAGAAAAGAAAAGCGCAGUUAUCGGCCCGAGGGUGCGAUGGAUGCGCUUAACGUUGCGCCGCCGAUGCAUGCCGCGAAGCGUCGCAACAUUAUUUACAGCGUGUUGUCGCCCGGCGGGCCAUCUGUAAUGGCUGUUUUAUGCCCCAUUAAGAUUACGACCGGUGCUCCUCGUCGUGGAUACAGUAGAUUAGGCCCGGCAAUCGAACUGAUUUAUUUCCCCCGAAUAUUCGUGGAAUAUUGUUGGACCUCCUGCACUUCAUUAUCGAGUUAGCGUGACGUCGGCGUCCGCUCUGCAUGGAAAUUGGAGAGCACUGUUUCCACGUGAACUGUCACCGUUGUAAAACGAUGAUUGCCCUCUACAAUUCCAACGUGAGAUUCAGAUUCAUGUUGCUCACUUGUAAAAUUGCAGUUUGAUGGCCCAAACGUUGUAAAAAGGAAAAGACGUUAGAGGACGCAUCGAUGUCACUUAAAAAAAUCGAUUUAUAUAUACAGCUCGUAAAAAAUUUGAAAACAUCCUAAAUUUAUUCCCGUGCACAAAAAUAUUCCAACUGACGUCAAGCAGCCGGAAUUAUCAGUCACUAUUUCCUAUGAAACGUGGCGAAUCGCUUAAUAAGCGCAUUAAUAAGCACGAUAGUUUUUGAUUUCCUAAAUGAGAUGACAUACGCACAACAGCGUUUCGCGCUGCUUAUAAUGACGCAGGAUCUAAAAUGUGUCUCUCGUGCGAUAAACGCGCGCGUUAUCGCCGAACGCAUAAAUUUCGCGCAAAGCGGACUAUUGCCAAUCGUCCGCUGAUAUUAAUUACAAUAUACACGUUAAGAAGCAUAUGGCACUUUUGAGUGCACAUGCGUAUCAUCUGCAAUAUAAGACGUGUAACGCAAAUCUUUUUUCAUGCGUUUCAGAUGUUUUAUACAAAUGACAAUAAAGUUCGUUCAAACGCAAUCUUAAUGGAAAGAUUUAACAAUCUUGGGAAAAAAUUAUGACAUGUUUGACGCAAUUUUCAAAUUCUCAAUUCGAACAAAGGAACAGGAGAUCUUUCCCAGAGAAAAAGAUUCACAAAAAAGUGCAGCUAAAGGAAGCAUAUUUUAAGUUGGUUUCGAUCCAACUUUCGGAGAGAAUCAAAUCAAGCUGCCUGACAAGAACCUGCGAUGCGGUAUACGGCAGCCGAUGAAAAUUGAUACCUGAUAUAUGGCGCACGGGUACUGAAAGGGUUAAAGCUGCGCACGUGAGUUGCAAAAGCGCGAUGUUCGUGGAAUAUUACGUAGCAUAUACGAACGUCAGUGUGAGAUAUCGUUCCUCUGGACACAAUAAAAUACGAAAUCAAUCCGAUAUCCGCGUGUGCCAGCGGAUUAGAUGUCGAUAUGACUGCGGGUAUCUCUAUCCUCUCUGGAGUAUCGCCAUUCCUUUUUUUACUAGUCUUUAAUUAACCGUGUUUUUUAUCAUUAGUUACUUCAUUAUUCUGCGUAUUCUUACGUUACUACUUAUGCCAUAGAUGUACAAUAUUUUUUAUGUCAUUUAAAACAUUAUUAAAAAUAUAAAACUUGAUUAUUGCAUUUUCUAAUAAAAAUCAAACUAAGAUAUUAAAAAGAAGCUUGUAAAAAAUAUCUCCAUCCUUCAGGCGCGCUUUGUAUCUUUGGAUGUUUUUUAGCUCUUACGUGGCCUCGUAUCUUUGCUGCUGUAACAAUACUUUAAAAUUACGUGUAACAUAAUAACGUAACUUUAAAGUGCAAGCAGCAUUUCUUUCAGAGAAAAAUAUAAUUUUGUUUUCUCGCUCUUUCCCGCUUUCUCUCUCUCUCUCUCUCUCUCCCACGACUUCAUCCUCGAAACGGAUGCGAGUGCAACGGAUCCGAGCGCUCGCGAAGAUAUAUCGGAUCGCUCGCGGUCGCCAGAUAAUAAAAUGAAUCCGCCAGAUAAACGUGCCACUGAUGGAUCACUAUGUCGUCACUGAGAGAGAGAGAAAGUCGUGGUCUGUUUUUCAUAACGCACCACGUAAACCACGAUAACUAUACCUUUUAGCGCCGCUUUCCCAAUCUAAAAACCGAAUAUCGCCAACAGACGCCGAAUUCUCGUGAAAAUAAAAAAAAGCAGCGCAGAUUACAAGUUGAAUAUUGAUUUCUUUACAGAAAUAUAAUAUUGCUCGUCUUAUAUGCGUCACAAUAACGUUCUUGCACGAAAAACAAACGUUUUUACAUCCCUUUCUACGCACUCGUAACGAUUAAUGCAAUUAGUUUGUAAAACAAAACCAUAGUUGUGAGAUGAUGCUUUAGAGAGAAUUACAACUAUGAAAAAUUACCACUGACACCGCUAAUCGUAUAAUCUCAAGAUUGACGUAAAGAUAGCGUCGAAGCAUUUAUCAUCUCUUUGGGAUGCAGCGGGAAGACGCCGCAACAUACAAGAAUAUUUAAUCCCUAAGACCGUUUACAGCGUAUUUAAUAUUUUAGACAGAGUGCCUUACGUCCCAUCGUGUCUUAGAGAACACUGACUACAUUUAAGGAUAUAAAGAUUAUGAAAUAAUAUACUUCUUUCUAGCAUAGUGGCUUGAAUUUAACUAAACUGUUAUAGUAAUAAACUGCAUUAACCUUUUCAAGCCUGACUUUUUUCUAAUUAUAAAUUAGCAUUAAAAUAAUUAGCAUCUAAUUCACAUCUGGCUAAAGGUUUUUAAAAUUUGAUAAUGUAAUAAAAAUUUUAAAAUUUAUAAUGGCGGAAUAAAAUAAUUGUUAUUCAAAUACAACAAAACUUAGUACGUAUUUUAAUCCGCCACAUUGCAUCCACCAUUUUAAAAUUAAAUAGCAAUUUUUUUAUAUAGUUCAUCUUUAAAAUAAACCUCGAAAGAAUGUGGUUACCUUAAUUGUUUGAAAAAUAUGUAUUUUUCACUUUUAUCCUAUUUUACGUAGGCAUACAAAGGAAAACUCACAAAGAUGUUUUAAUUUUUGUGAUUAGAUAGAGAAAUUCAAGAGUGUUGAUGUUCUUGUAAAAAGUCAUAUUCUUAAUCUUUAAAAGCUCAAACAGAUCGUAUUAUAUUUAUUUUUGUAAGAGAUAUGAAUUUUUGAAGUACCAUGACAUAUAUCGUACCGUAAGAGUCAACGGAUAUACAAUAGAUUAAAAUAUCAAUAUAAUUCUUAAUAACUUUUAAAAAUUCCCCUAUUUCUAUAAAUUUUUGUAGAAUAUCAUAUUAAAGUAUAGAACGUUGGAAGCAGAUUAUUUGCAAAUCGUAUAGAUUCACAUUUUUACUUUCUUUAAAGUCUUCACAAUCGAGAUUGAUCGUGGGACGAAUUGAAAGAACAAGAGAUAAACGGAGCUCUCUCUGAAGAAUCUUAUAGCCGAAUUAAUCUCAUCUAUGUGGUGUUAUUUUCAGAUCAACCGCGUUUUCAAGCCCGAAUCACCAAAUAAACGGCAAUAUGUGCAACGUUGUAUAUCUAAGGUCAACCACGCACCGAUAAACAAGCAAUCGAACUCCUAAUGGCGAUGUCUCUCGGGUGAGACACCUUUAUCGGGUCCCGGUGUCGCGUUCUAGGUCAAAGCCAUCUGCGAAACACAACGCGUUGCGUGCGAAAUCAUCGACUCACGCGCUUCGGUCUUCGUUUCUUUUCCUUCUCGAUAGUAAUGUAAUUCGGAAAUAUUUCAUACGGGUCAACGGCUCAUGACCGAUACCACCGACAAAUUUUCGCAAUUGAAAAACAACCGAUAUAAAUUUGGACGCUCUAUCGUUCUGAUGACAUUUCUUAUUAACAAUUAAUUUUUCUUUCAUUGUAUGAUUUUUUUAUAUACAAAAGAUUAUACACAAACAUUCUCAAAAGAAUAAAAAUAUUUUUACUGCAUAUUAAUAUAUAGUUACUAGAAAAGUCCUUGUAGCAAUCGUGGCGCAGUGGGUUAUGCGUCUGCUUACUGUGCCGGAAAUCCGAGUUCAAACUUCAAUCAAAAUCAUUUGAUUUUUAUUCAAUCGCUAUUUCUCGGAAGGCAAAACCACCGAAAAUAACUUGCCGUGAGAACCUCUCUAAUUUGACGUUCAGAAUCGGCAUUGAACUAUAGGUCUUGUAUACCUAUGUAAAUUAUAGAAAAAUGCAUACUAGAAAUAUGAUGAGAGAUCGCAAAAGUCCACAAAAAUCUACAAAAAAAUAUUUUUUUUGUCAAUAUUUCAAUGUAAGAAGAAAUUCUUGAAUAUAUGAUGACUUGAGGGAGAUAUCCAAUAAUUUGUCAUCUAGUAAAGCUGUUUAAUUUGGAAAGUUUCCUUAACCUGUGCAGUGAUAUUCCAAAAUAUUUUCUGUGCAUAUAUGUGCGACCAAUUGGAAUCGACUCAGCCUGCUCUCCUUGCAUUACAUCAUGAAUCAAAAUCGUCAAUAUAUCUGGCAGCCACGUGCACGACACAGCGACGGCAUCCUCGAGACAUCCCCGAAGACGAGGAGAGAGGGUGCUCUUUCUCUUUUCUUCUCUCCCGAAUCCGCGCGGCAACGCGACGCGAUUCGUCCGGCAAAAUCGGCACUGAUAGCUAGCAUCCGAGCAUCGCGAUUAUCCGGCACGCUGCCCGAUUAAUUUGCAUCUCAAGGGACCGUAAAUAAACGAGCUGACUGCCCGAUUGGUAGGGAUGGAAUCGAGUUCGAUGUGUAUCAAUUAUGAGUCGCGAGCCAAUUUCGACAGCUGGUUUUGCUUCAUGAGACUCGAGUGAUGAUCGUAAAAACAAUCUCUUAACUUAACAUUAAAAAAAUUGUUUUCCUAACUCUCAUUAGGUACCACAGAAUUCGGAAGUUAAAAUUUCGAUGAGAGAAAUUAAAUCUAGUGCUCGAAAUUUGGGAAUCUGAAAAAUAUUAACUUUGUUUUACUAACAUCAAUAGUUCUAAAUGAUGAAUUAAUUAUUGAUAUUUUAUGUACGUAGAUGUCUAUUUGAAACUAACAUUUCAGACUAGUUCUAAUAACACUAUUUAUCCUUUUCGUAAAAUCUCCAAAGAAUUUGACUUUUCCAAAUUGAUAUUUUUUAUCUUCUUUUCUUUCCUUAUCUCAACUUUCAAAGAUGAUUAAUGCGUCUAUUUUUUUCCUUGCUAUAUCUUUUUUCUGAAUCUUUUUGUUUUAAGAUGAUAUCACCUUAUUGUAUCACCUCAAUAAUUUUAAGAUUUUUUUUACAUUUAAGAGCUCUAUUAAGUAAUUUAUCAAUAAAAUCCAUCCAUUGCGUCAUAAUUAUUAAUGGGACCUUUAUUAGUUUAUAAAUAAAUUUCUUUUUAUAAAGUGCUAAAUGUUAAUAAGCCAAUUAAAUGGUACUGGUAAUGUGUAACUUUAUUAUUAAAUAAAAAAAUGAUAGUUUCGUUCAUGUACAUAUGUCAAAAUUGUAUUAGGAAGUUGUGUGUCUGUGUUACAAACAGAACAGAAAAGAAAAAUUUACAAACAGAGGUUUCUAUGCAAGGAUAAUACAAGGAUAAUACAACUGUAUUUUAUUUGUAACAAAAAAUGGUACAAAAAAACCAGCUUUUUUCCUUCAAUUUUUCCGAAAAAUUAAGAGCACUAGUCUCAUCCCUAAGGCUGAUAUUUCAUUUAUCGCACAAAAACAAAUUUUUCAAUUGCGUUUAUUGAUUACAAUAUAUACAAUAGAGUUCUCAAACCUCUAGAAUUCUGUAUAUAUCUCUUAGCCAAUUAAUUUUUUAACUACAAUAUAAAAAAUUUGUCAUACAACAAAUAAAAUAUUAUGCCCUCCCUAACGCGGGCCAGGAGAUGAUAAACCAACGACGAAUCGCCUAUGAGAAUGGUGAUACCGGCGUUUUCUCUCGGCGUUCUGGCAAGCCGGCGACGUACGCGAUCGCGUGGUCCCUGGGGAUCGACACGGUGACGGCGCCGGGUGGCACAGGCUAGCAUCCUUAUCUCAGGGGAGCCGUGCACCACAUGCUCUCUCGUCACACGCUCUCGUCGACGUCUUUCCCGCCCGGAGGUUUCGACCACCAGUUGCAGUCUCGACACGACUACCGAUCAGUCGUGACGGGCGGAUCGGCUUUUCCGAUUUCGUGUAUCUCCUCCCUAGCGACAUUCGGACACGCGCGAGGUUUCAAACGUGUAUCUCGCCACGACGUUCUGUUGUCGGUUUCUGUUGCUGUAACUCCGCAUUUUGAAGGUCUCAAAGUUGACCAUAAAAAGAAUUACAAACACAUUGUAGAGCUCUCUUGUAAUGUUAAUGACGUUGUACGACGUCAAUAUUGUCAACGAGGCAAAUCACACAAAAUCGUGAUUAUGAUCAUUUAGAUCAUUAGUACAAAACCGUUGUUAGCUGAUUUAUCGUGCUAACUAUAUUGAGAAUACAGAAGUCUGCCUUUGCCACAUGAAUCUAUCGUGAUGAUCGAUGAACAGAUUAUCAUGUCAAUAUCGUGAAACAUGGCUGCGUCAUCUUGACAACUAUCAUGUAAAUAUCAGAUAUAAUCGUUACCUUGAAAGUUAUUGUUGCGCGUGAUUGUUGUUCGCUAAUUACGAAAAGACUGUUUUUCUGAUAAUUUCUUUCGGCAUCAUGAUCGAGGAAGCUGCAACCUACGAUGUGAGUACAACAAUGCGCAAAUGUCGUAUUUAACCGCGUAUCUAUGACCAAUAUUUUACAUUUGAUAGUAUCAUACUUGAAUACUGCAUAUCCAUCUUUAGAAAUAAUAUUCCGUACAAUCAUCUGUCCAAGAAUGGAAUAUUGGCACAAGUUUUUCUAUAAGAACUGUCUUUCAAACGAGAGUCACGUUUAUUUACGUAUCGAUACAUAUUAAGUUCAGACUUACACUGAAAAAAAGAAUUUGCAAUAGUCACCAAAUAGAAUGUCAAUUAAAUUUUUAGUUAUAUUAAUUAAAUAUUUAAUUGGUAUUAUUAUAUGUGGCUGUUACGCUAAACUCAUUUUUCAAUGUAGAGAAAAAAAAACAUCUAAUUAUUGUCAUCUGCAGAUGACGGAUGAACUUUUCUCCGCCCUUGGCCUGACGAUGGACUUCAGCACCGAGAGACAGCUAUUUUCCCCGGCUAAGACAAAUCUACUCAGCGACUAUGAAGUCUCGUGUACGACUCCGUUGAGCGACGAUUUUGGAAUAUUCGACAGCCAGUUAAACAUGACAAAUCUGACAGAUUGCUAUACCGAUUUAACUAGUUCUCCGCAAUCGUCCUGGAACGACUGGUCGGCCACCAAUACACCUACGUCUUCAGGUUACGAACUAAGUGAAUUGAGUGAAUUGGAUUCGGAGCUGGACUGGUGUCUAGAGAAGAGUUGGGAUUCCGGUCUACCAGAACGAACGCCACUGUGUACCGCAGGAUGCGAAGGAUUUUUGCAUCUACCAUCUCUGCCAAAUCCGCAAACGUCACAACAUGAAGAACCAUUGCUAGUGCUCGGUAUCGAUUUACGAGCGUUGGAGAGCACAUUAGGAACAAAUACGAUAGUUGCAGAUUAUAACAACAACCAGUUAGAUGACAGUCUCCUAAUCUCAUCAGCAGCUACUGCCGCAUUAGCAACUCACGACUACACCAAUCGCAGUUUAGCAAAUGCAUCCGAAGAUCGAUGCUUUCCAUGUACCUACCAAGGGUGCCAAAAAGUGUACGCUAAAGCAUCUCACUUGAAGGCUCAUUUACGACGACACACCGGCGAAAAACCAUUCGCGUGCACUUGGGCUGGUUGCGUAUGGCGUUUCAGUCGAUCGGAUGAGCUGGCGAGGCACCGACGAUCGCACUCGGGCAUUAAACCAUAUUCGUGCGAGAUGUGUUCGAAAAGAUUCGCGCGCAGCGAUCAUCUGGCUAAGCAUCGUAAGGUGCACCGGAAAAAUGCCUACCCGUUGUUUCACGGAGCUAGAGGAUUACGCAGUGGCAAGACGAAUGUUUUACCGUCAUAAAUCUAAUUAUAAGACUCCCUCGUCUUACACUCGCGUCUUUUAGAAUUUUUUUCCAAUUAAUAAAUUUAGUUUAUCACUAAGAAUUUAUCACUAAGAAUUUAAAUUCCCACAUUAUUGAAUAAUCUCUAUAUAAAGUGACAAAUAAAGUACUUAAAAUAA